AAAAUCACAAAUAGUGUGUGACCAGACUAAGCUAAGCCAAAAUAAUAUGAAUUAUCGAAAGAUGGUAACAGCAAGCAAAGUUGCAGUAGUUUGAGAAGGGACAGAAAAUGACAAAUACUGGAACACAGACUGCAUAUCAGUAUCCUACUUAUGUGAUACUUGGCUCAGGCGGUCAUACUGCCGAAAUGUGCAAAAUUAACCGGGCACUGAUGCGGCAGCAGUCACAACAGGCGCAGAAAUAUCAGCCGGUGCGCUAUAUAGUGGCCAAUAGCGAUACAACAUCGCAGAGCAUACUAAAGGCAGCUCUGCCUGACACCAGCAGCCAGGAUUUCAUAAAUGUGCCACGCAGUCGCAGCGUCGGUCAAAGCUGGCUAACCAGCAUAUUUACCACGCUAUGGGCGCUACUCUGGAGUUGCUGGCUAGUUUGGCGCGAUAAGCCGAAGUUGGUGCUCUGCAAUGGACCCGGCACAUGUGUGCCCUACUGCUAUGCAGCAUAUUUAUGGCGUCUGCUGGGCCGCCUGCCCGCCCACAGCAAGAUUGUGUUUGUGGAGAGCUAUUGUCGCGUCGAGACGCUCUCCCUAAGCGGACGUCUGCUGCUGCCUCUGGCCGAUAUGUUUGUGGUGCACUGGCCACAGCUCGCUGCGCGCUAUGCGGACAAACAGAAUUUGCGCUAUUUUGGAAAAAUCAUGUGAAGCAAUCGAAAUUGUUUAUUUACAUAAUAU